AUGCUUUUGCCAGCCAGCACUAUACAGUGCAUCAUAGAGGAAUUCCAAGAUCUUCACAGCUCUGGAGUGCACAAUGUCCUUGGAAAACUGUUUGAUAAACUUUCUGCAUUUGACAUACCUGAAGCAUCUAUAAACAAUAUUAUUCAGGAACUUUCGCAAAAUGACUUCCUAACACAGUACAAUAAAGGACAACCCACAGUGCAGGAGCAGUACAAACAGUCAAAACUCCAUCAAUCAAAAGACAUGCUGUUAGAGGAUGUCUCAGAUGGUCAAAAUGUCAAAGAUAAUUUACUUUUGCAGCAGUAUCCAUCAUCUCUGUCCCUUAUGCUCUACCAAGAUGCAUUCGAAGUGGUCAAUCCAUUAGGUCCAGGCAAAACAAAACACAAAAUCCUUGCAGUGUACAUGACACUAGGUGAGAUUUUACCGCACAACCGGUCUUCUGUUGAUGCGAUGCAACUUGUUUUGCUUUGCAGAGAAGCUGAUUUCAAGACUUUUGGCCACAACAAAGUUUUUGCCAGUCUUAUUGCGGACCUUAAAGAUUUGGAAGAGAAGGGGUUUCUGGCAGCAGACGGAAACAUGAUCAAAGCAGUUUUGAUAGCCUUCUUAGGGGACAAUCUGGGCUCACACUGCAUUGGUGGUUUUACUGAGAAUUUCAGUUGCAGCAAACAUUUUUGCAGAUACUGCUUAGUUGACAGGGAAGGCUUCAUUAAAAACCCACUAGCACUUGGCCCAAAAAGAACUGCUGACAACUAUAAAGAUAGUAUAGAUAUCCUCUCCACAACUGACCAGUCUGUAGUGAAUGGCAUAAAAUUUAACUCUGUAUUCAAUUCACUGAAAUACUUCCAUGUGUGCUCUGGGCUACCUCCAUGUUUGGGCCAUGACCUAUUUGAAGGAGUAGUUUCAGGUGACUUGUCACUAUAUAUUGAUACCCUUGUUCGAGUUGAGAAGCAUUUCACAUAUAAUGAGUUAAACAGAGCUAUUGCAAAGUUCAAACACAUAGGAAGUGAUGCUUUAAGUAAGCCAUGUGAGGUGAAAACAGGACAGAGGUUGGCAGGUUCAGCAGCACAAAACCGGUGCCUUCUGCGACUUUUACCUCUGUACAUUGGUGAAAAGAUAAAAGAUCCUGUGGAUAAUGAGGUUUGGCAGUUAUGUCUUAAGCUCAGAGACAUUGUUGAACUUGUAUGUGCCCCCCAAAUCAGUCACAAUGACAUUGCCUACCUAAAGAUAAUGAUAGAGGAGUAUAUAUAUCUGAGGCACAGGCAAAUGUUUCCACCUACAAUUCAAAUCAUUGGAGAAGCGAAUGAUUAUAGACAUCAUCUUUACAACUCUGCCACUCAGGAUGCUGUGACAAAAGCAGAUGUCUCUAAUCAUAACAUGCUAGAUGUGUCAUCAGUUGUCUACAAAGUGAUGGAAAUUGAGGAUGAAAUCACAUGCAUCCUGCCGGAAUUGGAGAGACAGAAAGUACUGUCCUUUGCAGACCACCUGAAAGAUGUAAUCGGUGUCCAACAAAAAAAACACAGUGAAGCAGAGGACCUAAAUGACACCAUUACUCUGGACCUUUACCCUGCUGUAUCAGAGGAAACAUCAACGGAAACUAUUCAUCCACCUUCCUCAACAUCCACCUCUUGCUAUCAUUCCAGCUCAUGGGUUUCAGACUUUCAGAUUCCUUGGCAAAGAUUUCCACUUAGACUGUCACAGGCGAUCACCAGUGGGGUGAGAGCUCAUCCAGAAGACAGGAGGAGUAUGGUCAGAAUUGUUGUGGAGGCCAUGCAAGUUCACUGCAAAAUUCCUAAACGCUCAGCUUGUGAAGAGAUUGCUAAGAUCAUUGUAAAUACACAUCCACAAACAUUUGCAGAUUUUACUGACAAAGGAGAAAGACUAGGUUCUGGCCAUUAUUCAUUACUGAGAAGCAUCAAAUGUAGAGUUGAGCAUGUUAACCGGGAUAAUGUAACACACAGAUUACGUCGACCAAAGAGAACCAGGAAUGAGGAAGACUGCAGUCCAGAGAGAGAUGAUACUUCAAAAGUGGUUCGGCGCCUUGUUGAUAGCUAUGGUUGUAUCAAUUGGCAUCCAGUUCAGCUUCCUGAGGGGGAAACUCAAACUUCUUUGGAAGAAAAAAAGAAUAGAUUGUUAGCAAUUUUCAGUUCUCAAGGCCCAGAAGCUGUGGAAAGACCUGAGGUAGAGGAUCUUAUGCUCCUCACAUACAUUUCUCAGCGGCAGCUCAUCAACAGCUGUCCCUCAGUUUCAAUAGCUGAAAUUCAAGAGCAAUGGCCUUUCUUGUUUACGCGGAAAUGUUUGUCUAGCCACUUUGAAAGACUUACUGGUAUCGAAAUCUGUGAACGUUUGAGUCAGGCCCUCAUUACCAAAGGCAGGAGAAUACUCAACUAUUUUUCCAGCCAGAAGCUCAAAUGGAACCUUGGUAUUAGAAAUUUCAUUCAGGAGAUAGAAGAUGGAGUUUUAACCAACAACAAGGUCGGCACAGCAGCCAUACUUCUCAUGAUGAAGUACUACAAUGAAAAUGAAGACUCCCUUUUCCUUUUGGCAGAUGAAAUCUCUACCAGGAUGUCCCUGGAAGCAGAGGGAAAUCUGCCUGUCACACCAAGACUAAUAAUGCUUGGUGAGCUGUUAUCUUUUUGUUCCUUGAUUACAUUUUGCUCUCAAUUUAAGAGGGCUUUCUCUGGAAAAGGAGGGCAAAACGGUAACCUAGCAGCAGCCAAAUCUAUAUAUAUAGCCUCGCCCCUUUUCACGUCUCCACAUUUCGAUUUGAAACCUCUGCCCCAGACAGUGUCUGGAAAGAGAGAUGGCCAUCUGCUAGAAAACUUUGAGCUGGUUGGAAGAUGCCAGCUAGUGUCCGUCUACUGGCUACCAUGGCAUGUUGCAUAGUGUUUCUCUUAUUUAUUUAGGUAGGAGUUUGUUGACUGCCACCUGCUGGAUGGUGAGUGCAGAAAGGCACAUCAUCUUUGAACUGCAUUCAGCAAACUGCUUUGCUGAUGCACUGGCAGUAUUCUUUGGGUCAUUUUAUGUCCUGAAUCUGGAAUACCAGGAGGCAGCAUGUGCAACAUUGGAGUUAAUUCAAAGGUAUGUCAUAACAUUUAUAUGAUCAGUGCUAUGAUGAAUGAACUAUCCCCAAGUUAGUCGUCAUUUUCCUACAAACCCAGGGUUCUUGAAUUAUACUGAUUUAUAUCCUUAAGAUUUUUUGUUAGAAUUAACCCCGAAGAAGGGACAAAAUGUACAUCCAAAUUUGGCACAAGCAGGAAGACUGGGACAAGAGUGAAGCGGAAGGUUGUCCACAUUAAUCCUCGUGUCACAACUUUUCUCCAAAGGCUGACAGAAUUUGAGUGGAAAACCUCAAACUAGGUAGCACAGUUUUAAUUUUUCUAAACUUGAUUGUAAUACAGUGCAUAAAUUAUGCAAAGCAGGCAAGGUGUUAAAGUGUAGCUUGUUACUUUUUGGAACAUACCUGUCUCCACAGAUCACUCAUGGCCCAAGUUGUCUCGACAAGCUAAGAAGAAUGGCCAACCUCUCUCCCCAUGUUCCAAGAAACUGGCUGUUAAAUAUAUUUGUUUUUUGUAUGAUGCUUAUUGUUUUUCUUACCUUUGGCUUCCAAAUAUUUCCAAAAAAACAUAAUUUUGUAUUAUCUCUCCCUGGGGAAACUGAAUCACAGGCAAUUUAUUGGUAUGUUUUUCUGUUUUAAUGGAAGAAAUCAAGUAAUAAAAAAAGAUAAUCCAGUGCAUUUUGUUUACAUCUUGAUUUUAAAUAUAUCCAACAAUCACACAAACAAGUGUGCAGGUGUGUGUGCGUGCGCACAAGUAUAAACCUUUUAUUUUGGGAGCCUUUAUUUUAUUACAGUAUGUUACCGUUUACUCAUAUCUUAGUAAAAUAUGACAUGAAAAAGGUAAAUUACUGCCCACAAGAACACAGUACCCUCUGACAGCGUUGACUAUUUUCAGUAGCAAAAGUGUAUGUUUAGGGUAAAUCACUGGAAAAGGUAUUGCAGCAUACCUUAAAAUGAGCUUACGGUAACAUACCAUAAACAUACAU